ACUAUUAAUUAUAAAGAUGGCGACCGUCAGUAAUGAAGUCUUUGCUGGGCCUGGGGUAAAUAGAGCUAAUUAAUUAUCACACUCAAAAAAAGGCCCUACGUCUGAUAUUUAAUAAAGUUACGCUACCGCCUAAUUUAAUAAUAUGUAGUGCCACAUGUAGGCUAGAAAUGUUUAAAUUCUUUCAUUUAUUGUACUCAAAAGAGAAUUAGAAUGUAGUAAUUAGUAAUAGUCUUAAUAGUAAUUAGUAAUAAUAAUUUACUAGGUACUUGAAUACAAAAUUUUAAAAAAUUGAAAUAAUUUUUUAAUAACACAGUUAGUUAGAGCAAAUUUCAAAUUAAAAAAAUGAAACCAGAAUCAACUUUUUAGCUUAAGUACUUUUUGAGCUAUGAAUUGUUAAAGUUAAAGUGUGAGUUCGUUUGAUAUUUUUUACUAUGGACGAAACUUCCACAUCUUGUGACCUCAUUCCACAGAUCGCGUCAUGCGCAAUGACUAUAUACUUUAUAUAAGGCAACGCAUCGCCUUAACUUAUCACUAAAAUACUGUUUAGGGCAGGGUCGACUUAAUUUAAACUUUCAACUUUGGCACAUGAAUAAUUAAUUAAAGUUAAAGCUUUCCCUGACCAAUGGUAUAGUAGUUUUUGCACACGGCAAACUCUUAUGAAUGAAACUCUGAGGUAGUACUACGAUACAGCCAAUAUGCAAGUGGCUGUGAAUGGUUGCCAAUGACAACGUGUUGCACACCGUAAAUUCUGAUCAUUUAUAAUAUGGACUCUACCGGGUUGUUAAAGCUCAAAUUAAAACAUUCCUGUUUGAAUGUCUUCAAAAUGCAUUCUGAAACACAAGUUAUCAAAUAUUUUGAUGUAAAUAGUGGUAAUGAAUUAAUAUUCCCUAAGUAUCGGCAGCUUCCCCCAUUAAAAAGCUGGUGUGGCCCACCCCAUGGCGAAAUUAGGUUGAGCGAACUGCAUGACCUGCUGCGAACGCUUAGAAACAUGGCGUCUAUCGUAAGACACAUAUCGCUGUGAAAAUUGGCAUACAUGUAGAUCAAUACAUUCCCCAGAUGCCAAAAAAAUUUGGUAGUGACAAAUCUUUUACUUUGACUUAAUUUUAAUGAUGAAAGUUGCCUUAUAUUUACCAAGGAUUUUCUGAAAGCUGACUGAUUGUAAAUGAAAAAGAAAUUGAUUAAAAUGUAGGCCAAGAUGUCUACCUAAUUAUAAGGCUGAAAACGGAACUCAAAUAUAUAUCGAAAGUACUAAUUAAAUAAUAAAUAGACACACACAUCGGAAAAUUAAAAACUCUGAUUUUUCGGCGCCGAUUUCUAUUUCCGAUACCCAAAAAGUAGUAGUCUCCCUUGUUUCAUCGAAGUAUCUAUAGUUAUAGUAAUGUUGAUUCUGGUUUCAUUUUUUAUAUAUGAAGUUUGCUCUAUGCAUCUGUAAUAUAUAUAUCGAAGUACCGAUCAAUGAAAUCAGUAAUUAAUUUUAACAUUUUGUGAAGUAUGCUAAACUUAAUAAAACUUAAAUCGUAUUCCGUAUUGUCAACUUUUAAUGACUAUACUAUUAAUUAAUAUUGUCGUAAUCAUUAUUAUCAUUCUAAAACAUAAGUAAUCAAAUAUGUUGAUAGUGUUAAUAAUUUAAUAAAAAGUUAUCCAAGUAGUAUAAUAUUAUUUGAAUACCAAACUUUAAAUUUAAAAAAAUGAAACUAAAAUCAACUUUCUAAAGAUGACUUAGACGUAAUAGAUUUUGGGCUUUAAUUUUCAUAUAUAUGAGUUGUUGUUUUUUUUAACAUGGACAGCACCUACAAAUUCUGUGACCCAAUUCUGGUAUAGCCAUGUAUACUGCUUAAAUUUGAACACAUUAAAAUGUACUUAAAUCCCUUAUUUAACUAAGCCAAUAGUUGAAAAAUGUACUUAAGUCCCUUAUUUAACUAAGCAAAUAAUUGAAAAUUAUUACAUUUAUUAGACAGAAAGAAUAUUUUAAUUUGAUUGUCUCAAAAUGGGUAUUUUGUGACUUAAGUUCUUUUAAUUCUAAGGUCUUCAUUAAUGCUUUCAGUCAGCCUAACAAAAUCUAAGGUUUGUGUUAACUUCACCGUUAAGGUUCAAUUUGUGUUUCAAAAUAAAGAGGCCAUUUAAAAAAUUCUAUUCAAAAUCUUUGUUUCAAGUUGAUUAUAUUAAUUUCUAAAAUAUAAUUUAAAAAUAUUUUUGCAAAAUAACUUUUCCUUGAUUAGGAAUUGCGGAGACAGCUAAAUCAGUUCCUUCAAGGCACGAGUAGUGGAGCUCCUUUUAGCUACGACUCUCUCGCUAAUUCUGCAUUGUUUUUACUACGCACUGUACCUGUUGCGCGACAUGCUGUUUUGGAGCAUUACGCUGUCUCAUUUGAUGAUGCAAUCAACACUCACUUGAGCUGUGCUGAACGUGGUCAAUGGGGCAGCCAAGGUCUGUGAUUUGGAAGGAGAAAUGUAUUCUGUAAUUUAAAUUUCAAUAUUAUUCACUAUCAAAAUGUUAGAAAAAAAAAUGACAUUCUUCUGUUUUCUUUUUUUUUUUAAAUUAAUUUUUUUUUUUUUCUUAAAAUCUCUUUUUUUAAUUUUUAAAUUUUUUUAAACAAAAGAAUUUAUAUAUCCCUUUUAACACGCUAUUUAAGAAGAAAAUAAUUAAAUUUAAAAUUUGGAAGGAGAAAUGUAUUCUGUAAUUUAAAUUUCAAUAUUAUUCACUAUCAAAAUGUUAGAAAAAAAAAUGACAUUCUUCUGUUUUCUUUUUUUUUUUAAAUUAAUUUUUUUUUUUUACUUAAGAUCUCUUUUGUUAAUUGUUAAAGUUUGUGAAACAAAAGAAUUUAUAUAUCCCUUUUAACACGCUAUUUAAGAAGAAAAUAAUUAAUUUUAAUUAGAGGAUUUAGCUCACAAUAGAUAAAAGUAGGUGCAUCCCAUAUAUCCCAAUGUACUUAAAUUAUGAAACAUCUAAAUACUUUUAACUGCACUGACCAACAAAUCUACUAAAGAUUGAAUUAAGCGUAUGUUAUUUAUUUCUUAAUGCCUUUAGAUCCUGAGGCCUUACAGAGAAGUCAGCUGUCUGCCUUGCAGGACGUCACUGGUGUACUUCUCAGUUUUAUCAAAUCCAAUGCAGAAGCAUGGGCCCCAGUUGUUUCUUCAGUGCGUACUUGGUGAUUAUAAACCAAUGACAUCAGACACUUGACUGAGUCAGAUUGAUACCGUUGAGACCAUUCUGUUUGUUAUUCUUUUUAAAGUACAAAUAUUGCUUGUCAGUUUUAUUUCACAUCAGUGUGACUUUUAUUUUCAAAGUCAUUCCUUUAAACUUUAAAAAGAAUUAAAAAAUUAGUAUCUUAAGUUUAAUUACAUUACCAGUUGAUUUUUAUUGUUUCUAUAAUAUAUGUAGGAAACGUGCAAUGAUUCUUUUUGAAUACUUACUGUUUUAGUGGGCCCUAUCCCUGCUUGGUCAGAUGAGCAGCAAGUAUGCAGCUAAGCGAGGAGUUCAGCAUGUGACUUCACUCAAUGAAGUCCUUCAGAUGUGGAUGGCGUGUCCGCCUGCUAAAAUGCUUAUUGAAAUCACAACAGAAUGUUUCGCUGCCAUGUAAGUUCUUUUUUUAUGUUCUUUUUUUUUGUUUUUUUUUUUUGUUUUUUUUUUUUUUGUUUUUUUUUUUUUUUUUUGGAUUCAGUUCUUUUUUUUUAUGUUCUUUUUUUUUUCAUUCAUCAAUUUUUUUUAAUUUAAAAAACAGUAUUAUUGGGUUCAGUUCUAUUUUUGGGUUCAGUUAAUUUUUUUAUAUUCAGUUCUUCUUUUGGUUCAAUUCUAUUUUUGGGUUUAGUUAUUUUUUGGGGGGUUCCUUUCUUUUUCUAUUCCGUUCUUUUUUUUUUUCCCUUUUAAGUUAAAUCACUAGUUUUUCCAAGAAGUGCAAGUGGAUAUUAUGUGAGAAGUGCUAAUUCUUAAUUUAUGUCACAAGGAAGACACCAUGGAUGGGAUGACAGCUUUUGAAAUUAUUUCAGGGUUGGUAGUGCACCAGACAUGUGUGUUGAUGCUCUGUUGGAAGCCUCAGUUCGAUAUUCACCUUAUUUUGACUGGGUUGUUGCACACAUUGGGUGAGAUUUAUAAGAAACAUGUAGUUUUUAAGAUGAAUAUUGUAUAAUUAACAUUAAAAUGUCACUGCCGGUUUUCAAGUGCUACAAUAAUUUACACUGAUAAUUGAACUUUUAAUCAAGUUCAUGUUUUAACAUUUCACCAGUCUCAAAUUAUCAAUUUUAAAUCAAAAAAAUAAAUCCAUCUGUUUCGUUUAGAUCCUGUUUUCCAAGAACAAUCAUCACACGUGUGUUGAACUGCGGACUCAAAGAUUUCUGCAAUAGUGGGGUGGACGGCACGGAAAAAGACAUCGGCACCAGUCGCAACAAGGUUCCCAAGAUGGCCUCGGUUGUGGGGAUUCUGGGUCAUUUAGCCGCCAAACACAGUCAAGACAUUCGGAAAGCUCUCAUGGCAUUAUUUGAAGUGUGUUUUAUUGUUUGUCAUUGUUUGUUAUUGUUUGUCAUUGUUUGCUUUCCACGCACAAAUUAAUAAUGCAGUAAUGUUAACGGACACAAAUGAAUACAGGACUAGAAUUAAAUGCUGCGAUGUUUAUGUUUUUUUAAUGUUGAAAUUCACAAUUGUGAUUGGCAGUGGAAUAUUACCAAUUGUAAUUUUUUCCAGGCAAGUAUCCACUCUGACACGCAGUCCACCAAGGUGACGACGCUUCCCUUCUUGCUUCAGUUGGCCUCGAUGUCAGACACGCUGCUACAUAUACUGACCACCGAUCUAGUGUCUAUAUGUGAGAAAAUUGCCAUUAAUUGAAUGGCCACUGUGGUGUCAUGGGUUGCAACAUUAAAAAAAAAUGAUAUUAAUAUACAGUUUGGUGCAGUAUGGGGAUAUUAUGGGGGGGGGGGGAUGAAUAACUCCAUGCUUGACUGCAAUGGUUAAGAUUAACCCUAGUGAUUCCACAUAUUAACUCUUCUUGUCUCGUCCAUUGGUGAACUUAUUUCAUUCAUCAGCGUGUCUUGCUCCAUCAACCAGUUGUUGUAUUCAUCUUUUAAGUGAUGUUAUUUCCAUUCAUUUUUAUUUAUUCUCAAUGAUUACAAUCCGUACAAAGUGUCAAUAUAAUAGUGUGUCCAUAUACGUGUCACAAAGAGUAUUCCCAAAGUUCUUUUACUUACCAUUAUGAUAAACAAAUAGAUUUUUGUUACUUACCAUUAUGAUAAACAAAUAGAUUUUUGUUACUUACCAUUAUGAUAAACAAAUAGAUUUUUGUUACUUACCAUUAUGAUAAACAAAUAGAUUUUUGUUACUUACCAUUAUGAUAAACAAAUAGAUUUUUGUUACUUACCAUUAUGAUAAACAAAUAGAUUUUUGUUACUUACCAUUAUGAUAAACAAAUAGAUUUUUGUUACUUACCAUUAUGAUAAACAAAUAGAUUUUUGUUACUUACCAUUAUGAUAAACAAAUAGAUUUUUGUUACUUACCAUUAUGAUAAACAAAUAGAUUUUUGUUACUUACCAUUAUGAUAAACAAAUAGAUUUUUGUUACUUACCAUUAUGAUAAACAAAUAGAUUUUUGUUACUUACCAUUAUGAUAAACAAAUAGAUUUUUGUUACUUACCAUUAUGAUAAACAAAUAGAUUUUUGUUACUUACCAUUAUGAUAAACAAAUAUAUUUUUGUUACUUACCAUUAUGAUAAACAAAUAGAUUUUUGUUACUUACCAUUAUGAUAAACAAAUAGAUUUUUGUUACUUACCAUUAUGAUAAACAAAUAGAUUUUUGUUACUUACCAUUAUGAUAAACAAAUAUAUUUUUGUUACUUACCAUUAUGAUAAACAAAUAGAUUUUUGUUACUUACCAUUAUGAUAAACAAAUAGAUUUUUGUUACUUACCAUUAUGAUAAACAAAUAGAUUUUUGUUACUUACCAUUAUGAUAAACAAAUAUAUUUUUGUUACUUACCAUUAUGAUAAACAAAUAGAUUUUUGUUACUUACCAUUAUGAUAAACAAAUAGAUUUUUGUUACUUACCAUUAUGAUAAACAAAUAGAUUUUUGUUACUUACCAUUAUGAUAAACAAAUAGAUUUUUGUUACUUACCAUUAUGAUAAACAAAUAGAUUUUUUUACUUACCAUUAUGAUAAACAAAUAGAUUUUUGUUACUUACCAUUAUGAUAAACAAAUAGAUUUUUUUACUUACCAUUAUGAUAAACAAAUGGAGAAAAAAAACAACACAGUCCACUCUAAUUCUUUAACUAAAAAGUAAAAAAAGAUUCUUGCAAGGUAUUCAGCGUCUGUUGUGUGAUGGACAAUGUGAUUCCUCAAUUAACUGGUUUACUGUUUUUUUUGGUCUCCCUUUUAGUAACACCUGCUGUGGUCAAUAAGUUGCAUCGCCAGUUCACUCACUGGAAGAGGGCAUCUCCAUCUGAAUAUAACAGGUAUGGUUGUGACCUUAUUCAGUUGAUAUGUAAUUUACUUGAGUGAAUGUGCUGCAAGAUAUAGAUACACACACACCUUAGUUUCUAAGUUAAAUAGGUCUCCUAACGCUACCCUCUAUAGAUUUAAUGUAUAUACACUUAACCUAAAGGGAACAUGACUCAAUCCAUUUAAAUAGGUCUCCUAACGCUACCCUCUAUAGAUUUCAAAGUAUUUACACUUAACCUAAAGUGAACAUGACUCAAUCCAUUUAAAUAGGUUUUUCUCUUCAAAUAUAUUUACACACUCAUGUGUGGGUUUUUAAAGGGCUAUAAUGACCAUAUCUCUUAUAAAAGCUUUAAAUCACUUCCCUUUCGGAAAUGAUAGUACAGUGAUCCUUCGUCUAUCACAGGUUUAGGUUUCAGAACGCAACCCCCCCCCUUUCCUCCCUGCAUUAGGUGAAAAUUUGUGAGGUAGCGACCUUAUAAAAUAUUGUUGAUAAAUAUUUUAAGGCCUUGUGAAACCUCCCCUCUCUUACAUAACAAACCUUUCCCACACUGUAAGUAACCUUUCUAACACUCUUAUAAACACUUCCUGUGCUCUUAAACACUUUCUUUACUCUUAAACUUAUGUAAUUUUAACAGCACAUAAAAUUCUAUAUGGGUACUAUAUACUGCAAAAUCCUGUGAUAUAGCGCAAAAUCUGCGAUAUACGAAAUUAGAUAUAAAAGUCGCGAGACAACAAAAAUGUAACCCACGAUAGACGAGGGAUCACUUUACACUUUAUAUUUAUAAUUUUUAUUCUUUGCCAGAAAGAAGCACCCAUGUUUAUCCCUUUGCUAAAGCAGAAAUCUUAAAUGCUUCAAUAAAAAAAUUCACAAAAUAAAUAUUCUUCUUCUAGUUUCCUGAACCUGGUGGUGCAUCUGAUUGCCAAAUGUAAAAUAAGCUCAUGUGACAUUGUCAACUUUAUCUUGAAGACAGCAGUUCCUGAAGGUAUUUCUAAACAUUUUGUUAGUUAUCUUCAAAUCAAGCCAUGUAUAGCCAAGAAAGGUUGUAUAAUGUAGAGUUGAUGAAUGAGAAAAGUUUCUGAGCUGAUCCCCUUGAAAUAGUGUAAAAUUGCUUGAGAGAUCUCCAACAUCCCCUUCCUUCCUUAAGGUAGUCCUUUUGUAAAAUUGAUGCACCAUUUCUACACUAUUAUCAAAUAACAUUUUUUUUUAAAAAUCUAUACAAUAAAUGAAAAUUCUACCUAGAUCUAGACAUAUUUAUGUUUUUUUUAAAUUUACAACAAAAAAAAAUUGUAGCCAUAAAACAAUGUUUAAAAUUUCUUACCCAGAAGACAAAAAAGGCUGUGAAAUGCCACUGGAGGAGGUGAGAGAUACCUGUGUGGAGAUUAUGGUAAGUCCUGUUACAGUGGAAACAGAUUGGGAACCUAAGUUUUUCUCUCCUAAUGAUUAGAUAGACUAUUUAGAAGAGAUGUUCCGACACAUAUGCCAGUUAAGUUGUCGGUAAGGAAGAUUUAAAAGUUGUUAAAUUUAAAAGCUGAUUUGGAGUAUGCAGUUCUUUUAUAUAAAAAAAAAUAUAUAUAUUUUGUGUUCAUCUUUUCUUUUUUUUUUUGUAGCACAUCUUGCUGUUUGAACUCCAGCGAGGUGUCUUGUCAAGAAAAGGAAAUGGAACCGUUGGAGACCUGCCGUUACUGACUGGAUUAGCGACACAAAGGGACUGUCUGACCCUCCUGCUGUUACAGAGUAAAGGAGAAAGGUUUGUCUGAAGCCAAUGGUCUCCUAACUGUUCUGGUCACGCACCCUGACUUUAUUUUAAAGAAUGAUUUGGUACCCUGAAUAAAAACCAAAUAAUAUAGGCCCUUGUGCUACAAAUAUUAGGCAAAACUUCACAUGCACCAGAUAUUAAUGAAUGUUCUAAAUAAUUUAAAAACUGGUAAUAUUAAAUUCUAUGCAGUUGAAUUAAAAUUGUAUUUUUUUUAAAAACUUUUCUUUAUUUUUGGAAGAUAAUUGAUUUCAUUAUCAGAAAUUUUCUACUCUCAAUUUUACUUUCAAUUCUGUCCACUUGAAGAGUUCCGUGGUUACAGAGACUGUUGACCUACACAGCCCUGCAGGCGGGGGAGAACUGUGCAGCGUCCAUCUUGUCCACUGUAGUCUUCAACUCACAAACUUCUCAACAGGUAGGUGAGGCUUUCUCUUCUGGUCUAGAAAACUCAUGCCAACUCCUAUCUUUUUUUUUGACAGAAUAUAAAUACGAUUGUUGACUUUGACCGGCUGACUUAUGAGACUUGCCGGAGUUACAUGAGCCCUAUAAGACUUUCAAGAUUUUUCACUGCGUUUGUGUAUUAAUAUCUGUUCCUAUCUAGUAUUAUAGUUUUUUUGCUUACUGUGUUGUAAAUUAAUAUAGCUUUUAUUUCUGUAUAUUUGAUUUUGUAUUUUUAUAUCAUCUUAAAAGAAUAACUAAAUUGUCUUUUGUUAAUAUCACUAGCUUUGGUACAACGUAUAGUUUGUACAACUGUCUAAUUCUAUUACAGUUGACAAAAUUUAACAACAGUUCAGUAUUAGAAGCUCCGUAUAGUUCCAAGCCCAUGUCAACUUCUUUCAGCACUUUAAAAGUGUGUGCUGUUGUUAACAUUAAUAUUUAGAGAUAUGUCAACAGAAUUAUUGGUCUAGGUCUCUUAUAUUUAACCCGUUUUUUUUUCUCCUGAUGCCCAGCUGGGCAACUUCUACAGGUUAAAGCAGGGCAUGGAGCUGGUCUUUCCGACAGUGACACAAACAACUUUGGUCCUCAUUUUUAAUAAGCUGGAGUCGUCGGCAUCAUCCUUAGUUCUGUCACCGGCAGGCGCCACCCAGUCAUCCGAAGCUCCAGCAACAAUUUCUGCACCUGCCUCGUUGACACACAUGCUGCUGGCGUUGAGAAAUCUUGAGAGAAUUGUUAAUGUUGAGAAAGUGAAGAUCAACAAGAGGGCCCUGUCCAACAGGUAGUGCUUGAGUGUAUGUUGCCUCGCAUGUCACAAACAGUUAGUACAUGAGUGUAUGUUACCUCUUAUGUCAGAAACAGGUAGUCUUGAGUGUAUGUUACCUCUUAUGUCAGAAACAGGUAGUCUUGAGUGUAUGUUACCUCUUAUGUCAGAAACAAUUAGUACUUGAGUGUAUGUUACCUCUUAUGUCAGAAACAGGUAGUCUUGAGUGUAUGUUACCUCUUAUGUCAGAAACAGGUUGUCUUGAGUGUAUGUUACCUCUUAUGUCAGAAACAGUUAGUACUUGAGUGUAUGUUACCUCUUAUGUCAGAAACAGUUAGUACUUGAGUGUAUGUUACCUCACAUGUCAGAAAAAGGUAGUGAAUCAGUAUCUUGUCCCAUUUCGGAAAAAGUAAAAAGCCCUAGUUGUGUUUAACUUGUUCUCUGGGUAUGGUUCAUGUUAUGGUUCUUGUUAUGGCAUUCUACAUGUUAUGAUAGAUUUUAUGGUAUAUUUUCUCACAUGAAAUGAGUAACACCACAACAGUUUGAGGCAUACAAACCACAAAAUAUACCCACAUGAAAGGUUCUUACACGGUAUUUUCAGAAUCCCAACACCCCACAAGAACAGUCUCUCCGCUCCUCAACUCCACGGGGUAUCAAUGAGGCUAUAAAACAAAAUUGUUCUUCAUCACACUUGAAUCCCUUGGUGCUUUACUUUGAUCCAGAUCUUUAAUUUCCCUGUUCCAGUUAAUAUUCACCAAUAAAAAUUAGCUGAAGUCUACAGAUAAAACUAGCUGAAAUCUACAGAUAAAACUAGCUGAAAUCUUCAGAUAAAAAGACCUAGGAUUUCUAUAUUUUUUUAAAGUAAAUCUUCCCCCGCACCUCCCCUCUUUUAAAAACAAAGGACUAUUUCGUGAAAAAUAAUAAUUUUCUCCUUUUAAAAAUAUAAAUUGCUCUCUAAUGUUUCAUAUCUCUUCCUGUAUCAGUUCAUCAUGAUGUUUUUAUUUCAGUGCCAUUAUUGAGGGUUUGCGGCAGCGACAUUCUGUCAUGUGUGACUUCCUGGCCUCCCAGGAUCUGAACGUCAGCAUGUGUGCCCUGCGCCUCAUGAACAUGAUUGGGUUCCCGGCAGACCUGAGCACGUCACUGCUGACCAGACUGUGUGGCGUCAUCGCCAUGACCUUCUUCUCAUCUCUUCACAUGAAAGUAGACGAAGCUGGUAGGGCAACAUUUACGUGAAUUAUGUGCUGUUGGUUUAUGAGCUAUGAUUUUGAGAAUUUAAUCUCUUAUUUUACUCUAUGGCUCGUGUCAAAAAGUCCAUAACAAGGUUUAUAAGCUAUGAUUUUGAGAAUUUAAUCUCUUAUUUUACUCUAUGGCUCGUGUCAAACAGUCCAUAACAAGGUUUAUAAGCUAUGAUUUUGAGAAUUUAAUCUCUUAUUUUACUCUAUGGCUCGUGUCAAACAGUCCAUAACAAGGUUUAUAAGCUAUGAUUUUGAGAAUUUAAUCUCUUAUUUUACUCUACGGCUCGUGUAAAACAGUCCAUAACAAAGAAUGAUACUGUUAAUUAAAUACAGUAGGGAAGAAUGAUACACAAACUAGGGCUAAUUACAAAUAAUAAUUUUUUAAGCUAAUUUUAAAUUCCAAAAUCAAAUAGGCUAUUCACUUACAGUACAGCAAUGAAAUUGUACGGGUAUAAUGUUGAAAAAGGUGCAUACACACACAGAGUAAAUAUUAUUAUAAAAAUCUAUGAUCAGUACAACACCAUGUUCUGUCUCUCUCAGUCUCUAUCUAGCUCUAUCUUUCCCUAUGUUGAUUGGCUUAUCUAUAUUCUUUCUUAGAGACUUUUCCAGAAAGGGGGUUUCGUAUUUUAGCUGUGCCGUCUUGUAAGUUCUAAAGAAUUCUAAUUCUAAAGACUAAAGAAUGUGUUUACUUGUAGUCAAGGGAGAAAACUUGUAAUUGAACCAGACCCAUCGUCGCCGAAUUUGGGGUCCCCCACCCAGAGUUCAUGCAUGGGGUUCGUGAUGUAAACAAACGCCUACCGCAACAAAGCGUUUUGUUGCACUUGCCACCGGCUUUUGUUUGAUCCCCUCUGAGCCCCAAUUCUCCGAUUUCCAUUUGUCAUGUAAUUCUUAGGUUUAGUAAACGGCUUAGUCUGGCAUUCCGUUUUAAUCUAUCAAGUUUUGAUAGAUCCUGUUUUAAUUAUCAAGUUUUGGUGGAUCCUGUUUUAAUCUAUCAAGUUUUAUUGGAUCCUGUUUUAAUCUAUCACGUUUUGGUGGAUCCUGUUUUAAUCUAUCAAGUUUUAUUGGAUCCUGUUUUAAUCUAUCAAUUUUUGGUGGAUCCUGUUUUAAUCUAUCAAGUUUUGGUAGAUCCUGUUUUUAUCUAUCAAGUUUUGGUGGAUCUUAGUUUUCCCUUUCCUGAAACACGUGUUGUAAAAGAAUUUCGGAAUGUAUGUGCAAACCUUUAACAAAUCCUUAAUAAUGACAAUACUCUUCUAUACUCAGUGAUGGAAAUGUUUUAAAAUUCAUAUAAAUACAAAAGGUGUUAUGCCCAUAGACAUAUCACUUGCUCAAAAUUUUGAACUCAAAAAUAAGAUUGACAGUCUGCAGUUAAUAGUUGUAAGAAUUGACCAAAAGACAUGUUCCUGCCGUCACAACAGAGAACCCUGACAAGCCCAAGAGGAGGACCCAGCUUUGUGUGUCCUGUGUGGAGCAGCUCAGUCACACUGCCUUCACGAAAAGUUUAUUCAUUCACCAUCUGGUAGAAGGGGCUGUCCAGAAGGUAAGCCUGCUGAUUGCUUUCUCAGGGACAGGCUGCACAACCCCCGCCCCCCCUCACACCCACCCAACCCUAUACUUUUUAUUCUGAAGCUGUGUGACACAAGACCAGGUUAAGUAACUGGUCAGCCCCACAAAGCAGCUGAUCUCAGGGGAAGGAGAACCUUAAGAAAAAACCUUAGCCACAAAAGAUGGAAGACAUCAUAAUAUUAAAAUCACUUUUCAUCCACUCCUGACAUAAUGCACUGAAUACAAAUAAUGAUAAUGUUAGAGUUUGUGUAUUUGAUUAUUAGCUUUAAAUGUACUAAAUAAAAUAUUUUUAUAAUCAGAUUUAAAUGUAAUAAAAAAAAUAUUUUUGAAAUGAUUGACGGGUCACAUAUUUGGGAUGUGAUUGACUGGUGGGUCACAAAAGUUUCAAAUUUUUUUAUUUUAUUUUUAAUCCACAGGAAAAUGUCAAUUUAUUUGGUGGCAGGUGGUAUCCAAUAGUCAUGGCAUCCACUACAUCCACAACAUCCAGCAGUGUCUCGGACACAGUCUCAUUACUAGAGGAAAACAGACAACAAAGUCUGUCCAUAGCUCUGCCUAGGUUUCACUCGAGUGUGUAUCAUGGAGGUGUCAUACGACAGAGUGUCAAGGCACAGCUGCCAAAUAAGUCUUAUUCUAAAGUAAGUCAAGACACAGCUGCCCAAUAAGUCUUAUUCUAAAGUAAUACAAGACACAGCUGCCAAAUAAGUCUUAUUUUAAAGUAAGUCAAGACACAGCCUUAUUCUAAAGUAAGUCAAGACCCAGCUGCCCCAAUAAGUCUUAUUCUAAAGUAAGUCAAGACACAGCUGCCCAAUAAGUCUUAUUCUAAAGUAAUACAAGACACAGCUGCCAAAUAAGUCUUAUUCUAAAGUAAGUCAAGACACAGCUGCCCAAUGAGUCUUAUUCUAAAGUAAGUCAAGACCCAGCUGCCCCAAUAAGUCUUAUCCUUAAGUAAGUCAAGAAACAGCUGCCCAAUAAGUCUUAUUCUAAAGUAAUACAAGACACAGCUGCCAAAUAAGUCUUAUUCUAAAGUAAGUCAAGACCGAGCUGCCCAAUAAGUCUUAUUCUAAAGUAAGUCAAGACACAGCUGCCCAAUAAGUCUUAUUCUAAAGUAAGUCAAGACCGAGCUGCCCAAUAAGUCUUAUUCUAAAGUAAGUCAAGACACAGCUGCCCAAUAAGUCUUAUUCUAAAGUAAGUCAAGCCACAGCUGCCCAAUAAGUCUUAUUCUAAAGUAAGUCAAGCCACAGCUGCCUAAUAAGUCUUAUUCUAAAGUAUGUCAAGACAGCUGCUGAAUAAAUCUUAUCCUAAAGUAAGUAAAGGCUCAGCUGCCCAAUCAUCCCUUUACAGAAUCAUGUGUCCGGUAAUUGUCUGACAUAUGCUAUUUAACUUUACAGAUUCAGGUGUCCAGUAACUGUCUGACAUUGACGGAGACGUUAUGGCUGUGCUGCCGAGAGUUGAACCCAUCAAACCUAACAGAAUUUUCUCCCCUUGAACCUGGCAGUGAAGUGCCCAUGGAGACCAACCAGCUGAAACCCUCGGUACGUUGCAUAGCGAUCUCCUACACCCACUUCAGAUUUGUUCACUCAAUGUAGGUGUAAACUCUCAGUAUGUUUCAUUGCUAUCUCCUACACCCACUUUCAGAUGUGUUCACUCAAUGUAGGUGUAAACUCUCAGUAUGUUUCAUUGCUAUCUCCUACACCCACUUUCAGAUGUGUUCACUCAAUGUAGGUGUAAACUCUCAGUAUUUUUCAUUGCUAUCGCCUACACCCACUUUCAGAUGUGUUCACUCAAUGUAGGUGCUAUCAGUGGAAGUGCAAGUUUUGCUUCUGGUUAAAUUCACUUAUUGGUCACUUUGGAUGUGUCAGUGGUGGUGAUUGGGGGGGGGGGGAGGCACAGCAAUGAAAGCAGCAUAUAUCUUGUGUAUCGUGCUGUGCCGUCCAGUCCCCCCCCCCCCUUCCUCCCCGCCCUGGGUCAGCCUCAUGGGAUAGAAACUAUAAGUAAUUAAGAAAAAUUACAUGGUAAAAAAAGAUUAUUUUUUAUUUUAAAAUUGGGGGGGGGGGGAGGCACAGCAAUGAAAGCAGCAUAUAUCUUGUGUAUCGUGCUGUGCCGUCCAGUCCCCCCCCCCUCUUCCUCUCAGCUCUGGGUCAGCAUCAUGUGAUAGAAACUAUAAGUAAUUAAGAAAAAUUACAUGGUAAAAAAAGAUUAUUUAUUAUUUUAAAAUUACUGUUUGGUUAGGAAAAUCUUAGUCGCCACUUAUCAACUAAUGAACAAAUAUUAGUAACUAGAUAGAGCCCGCCAAACAUUGGCGACAGCAAUGCGUGAACUUCCCAUCUACUAAAGUUACUUGUCAAAAAUGUGAACUCAAGUUACGCACAAUUUAAGAAAGCCAAUUUAGCUACACCCCUUCCCCCCCCUUUUUUUUUUUCAUGAUAGGUCACUGCACACUUUUUAUUUCAGGCCCAUCAACUAUAUUAAUAUUCUCAUGUCCCAACCACUUUUAAACCGAAUAUUUUUUUUAUAUUUUGCGCGCUAGUGAACUCAUUAUUUAACCACACUCUGGCGUAUCUAUAUAUAGCCUGCGUGGUGGUGUUUGACCUUCGCUGGCGAAUUAUAUAGAUACUCAUCUUAACCAUGUUACAAAAAAAUCUUCAAGCUUUGUGUGUGUGUGUAAUAAAUGAAACUUCUGUACAUUCUGUAUGUGUAUUUACACAGCUUUUGAACAUACAUGCUGCUUGUAGUAUUGUGCUUGAACAGAAUCAACACAUUUUAUUCAAAAGAUUUUUUUCACUGACUUUGUACAAAAAAAAUAUUUGGUAACUUUUAUAUAUGGAUAGGGAAUUAAGUAAAUUAAUUUUAUAAAAUAAAGUUGAAUAACAUUAAGAUUGCCAAAGAUAAUGACAGAAUGCUUUUAAAACUGCAUUUAGAGUGCAUCAUUGAAACAGUACAUUAGUGAGAGUUCAGCCCGCACACUGGGCUGUGUUAUCGUGGAGAUACUGACCUUGGACUCAUUGUACAAUGACAUACAUUGGCAGGACCCCGACUUCCGCAAAGUUACCACAGAAAGGUAUUGUUUAUCUUGUGUAAAAGUUGCAAACUGGGGAAAUGUUCUCCUAAUAUUUUUAGUAUUAAAAUAAUUGAAAAGCACACAAACACAUUCAAAGAAGUGAACCUCUUAAACGCAUAUACAGUAAUACCUUGUACAUUCGCGAGGUUAGGUUCCAGAACCCAUCACUGAUCAGGGGGAAUCCUGAAUAUUUGGUACGGGUCACUAAAAAUGCUAAUAAAUGCUUCUUUAUAGAGUUUAACCCCUAAAUAUGACCCAAUUCAUGCUCUCAAAGCACUUUAAUUCCUUUAAAAGUUAGUUUAAUACAUUACCCUUGGAAAAAUGGUUGACGUAAAACAAAAAAAUUGGUUCACUUAAAAAUAGUGUACAGUGUAAUAGUGUAAUGACUAUUUGCCACACUAGCUAAUUUACAGUAUGGUAUACUAAUGGGGAAGGAUGGACCUGGGAUUCACUCACACUAUAGUACACAAAGCAUCCGAGCUAAAGCCAGUCAGCAACAAGGAAAGCUGAUAGCUUGCCGUGUGAUUGGCUACUCGAUAAUGUGUUAUUAUGGAGCCUACGACAUAGCCUUCACCUGAUAUCCAUUGUCUAUGAAGACGAGCAGAAAAUUGAUCAUUUUUACAUUGAAUUUACCUUAACAUUUAGUAUUACAAAAUAGUAAAUCAACUACAGUAUUUUCUAAUAAUUAUGUAACCAUUAGUGUUACAAAGGGAAUAACCUUUGCCAAAUGGGUAUCGCAUCAGUGCAGUACUUUACAUAAAAAUGAAUGUAUCUAUAAGAAAGCGAAGUUUUUAAGAAGGAAUUUCUAAACUUAUUUCUUUUAUUUUUAUGUCUUUAACUUUCCCCCCUAAAGCUAAUAGAAUUUCCAUUUUUUUUAAAUUUCUUAUUGUUUUAGCACUUAAUAGCAUGAAAACUCAUAAAUUACUUAAAAAAUUAAACUUUUUUUUUUUUGAGGAUUUGGCAAAUUUUGCAGAAAAAACAGUAAUGCAAAUUAGUUUCCAAUAAAAAUUGUGUGAAUGCGUGCACCCACAAAUCCUGAAAAACAUGAAUUGAAUGGACAAGAUAUGACUGCAUUCAAACAUCUCCUACAACAAUGGGAAUAUGACCUAAUACUGUUUUUAUUUUUACUGUUUCCUAUUUACAGGGACACACUUGUGUGGAAAAGACUGGAAGAACUGCCUUUACUCUGGAAUAUAAUUCAAGAAUUUAGCUCAAGUGAGUAGAUUUAAUUCUGUAUGAGACAUUCCUUUUCACAAGGGUGUAUUGCACUGCAGCUAGUCAAUUAAUUAUUAAUUUGUAAGCAUAAAAUUGCAGUUAAUAAAUUUAAACAUUACUUAUAUAGUUGUUAAGUCCUUUAUAUUGACUUCGCUUUUGUUUGUGGCUGAGUGGGUGGCAAAUAUGACGGCUAAUUGACCGACUUCCCCGUCAAGCUAUAAAGCUGAAACGUGGGAUAUAGACUCAUUGCAGAUUGUAUCAAACUUUCAGCCCCCCCCAAAAAAAAAUCUGUUUUUUCUGUUUUACAAGGGGAACAUGAAGGAAAAUUCCCGAUCACGGGCUAAAUAAGAUUCUUAAGAAAAUGUAUGGCAAGUGCGUUUGGUGCGUAAUAAUUUGUUUUGCUUUUCUGAAAUACUUGGUCAAAUAAAUCUGCAGUGUAAAAACGGGCGGGUUUUUAGAAUAUUUUAAUAUAGUUCAGGGGAAGAAAAAAAAAAGUGCAUUUUCUAGCCUUGGGAGGGGAAGCACUAAUUGGGAUUCUUAUAAAGUGGGUUCCUUUUAUGCAUGUUUUGUCCAAUUUUCAGCCCCACCCCCAUUGCUCAAUAUUACAUUUUUCAAAGGAUUUAUAUGAAAUUUUUGUUGUUGUUGGUGUUGUUUAAUUUGUAUCAUUAUCUUUUAAAAGGUUGUGUUUUCUUGUUUUACCUGAGUCCUGUUCUGAGGUCGUUGAUGGCUGUGAUUAUGAAUCACCUGGAGGUCUCCAGGGAGACGUUUAUGAAAAACUGCCCCAAACAGUUUGAGGGUGCAGUCAAACUUGUCUACUGUCUGACUCAGGUCGGUCUAUUUUUACCAUAUUUAUAACAAUACCUUGUUUAGAUCAACUCUAGAAUUUUAAUUUUAAAGACCUAGUAAAUGCUACAUUUUUGUAAAUGACAUUCCAGCAUCUUGAGAGUUCAUUAUUAAUUAAACCAUGUUUUUUUUGUGGGUUUUUUCAGGGUUCUCUGGUUCCCCCGCCUUUGUCCAAUGUAUCUGAGUUGUUCCCUUUUGUUUCACCUUAUGAAGGUUAUCUCCUUUUGCUUGGCUUGUGGAGAUACAUCAAGGUAAGUUAUUUGUACUCAAUAAACUUUGUACCAAAAAGUUUUGUGUUAAUUUUCUUGAAUUUGAAAAUUUUUUUGUAUUAUUUAAUUUGAAAGCUUUUUUUGUUGGUAUUUUCUAUAUUUAGAAGUACUUUCAUUUUGCUUGUUUAAAAAAUAAGGAGCUGUUUUGUGUUAUUUCCAGGAUAAUCCUCCCUCAGAAUUUGAAAAAGAAGUGAAAAGCAGAAGUGAGUUAGAAUAUCUUUAUUAAAUGUCCUGCUUUAAAAAAAAAAAAAGUUACAUCUUUCAGAGAUAUUUUAAAAAAUGAGAUAUUUACUUCAUCUUCUAUGUUUAAAUACCGUAGCUUUAAAAAAAAAAGUUACAUCUUUCAGAGAUAUUUUAAAAAAUUAGAUAUUUACUUCAUCUUCUAUGUUUAAAUACCGUAGCUUUAAAAAAAAAAGUUACAUCUUUCAGAGAUAUUUUAAAAAAUUAGAUAUUUACUUCAUCUUCCAUGUUUAAAUACCGUAGCUUUAAAAAAAAAAGUUACAUCUUUCAGAGAUAUUUUAAAAAAUUAGAUAUUUACUUCAUCUUCUAUGUUUAAAUACCGUAGCUUUAAAUUAAAAAAUUAUCUCCAUUCUUCAGUGUUUUUUUUUUGAAGGUUUUGAUAGUUGCUAUCCUGCACAAUUAGUAUUUAUUUAUGAAAAUAUUAUUUCUAUAAAAACUCAUUUUUUUAUGUUUCAGCUUGUGAUGCUUCUCAUAUGUUUGUGGUCAACUCCAUCAUACAUGCCAACAUUCACCACAUGGGUCAUCUCUGUCCAAGAAUCUUCAACAUGUAAAACAACUUUUUAAGUCCUGGGGAGCCACACGAAUGGAAAGUCCCUAAUUUACAGUGUGCUGCAGGGACAAUCAUUUCUUUAUUUAGAGUUUUAAAAAAAAAACUUUAUCAUAUUUUUGUAAGCUGAAAGAUUUCCAAAUCCUUAGCUGCACAUUGUCAUAUUUGAUUUUUUUUUAAAUAACUCAGCAAACAGGGGUUCACUAUUGCUAAGUGCAUGUCACAAACAGCAAUGACAAGUGCAAACAUUUUUUUGGGGAGGGGAUUCCUUCAAGAUAAUAUUUGUAUUUUAAAAAAAUAUUGGCUACCACUUGCUAACGUGUAAAUUGGAUACUUUUUUAAAAUAUUUUUUUUAAUGACCAAAAUAAGUUGUACAUUUUAAGUUAGCCAUGUUAUAUAUAUGAGUUUUGGAUUGAAUGUUGUCAGUUCAAUUAAAAGAUUUUAUUACUCCUCAAGUGAUAAUUUUCUUGCUUGUACAAUUCUCAAUUUAUUUCAAAGAAAAUA